AGAACACAUGAUUCAUUCAGGAACAAGACACGACUCCUGCUAAAGCUUCAGAAAAUAUUCUACAUAGAAAUCUUAUUAGAAGGAUUAUGGCUGGUCGAGGAAAAUUAAUCGCUGUUAUUGGCGACGAAGAUACAUGUACUGGGUUUCUACUCGGUGGCAUUGGUGAACUUAACAAAAAUCGAAAGCCUAAUUUCUUGGUUGUCGAGAAGGACACCAGUAUCACUGAGAUUGAGGAGACGUUCAAGAGUUUCCUUGCUCGGAAUGACAUUGGAAUCAUCCUCAUCAACCAGUUUGUUGCCGAGAUGAUUCGUCACGCCAUAGAUGCCCACAUGGAAUCCAUCCCAGCUGUCCUGGAAAUACCCUCUAAAGAGCAUCCUUAUGAUGCUUCCAAGGAUUCCAUCCUGCGUAGAGCCAAGGGAAUGUUCUCUGCUGAGGACUUCCGAUAAAUAAGAAUAUGGCAUGGACAGAGGUAGAAAGAAGACAGCCAGAAUCCAUGAGCUUGCUAUAGUGAAGUGUAUUAUAAGUGUCACUGACUGUGUUCCCGAUGUAUUUAAUUGUUUUUUCUCUUUAUUUGUCACAACUUUACUCUAUCCAAGAAGAAAGUCAAGUCUGUUGUAAUUUUAGGAAUCCAUUGUUUCCCCAUACAUAUGACACUGAUAAGAAGGCGGGCCUAUGUUUACUUUGUACACCAUCAUUUGUGGUACUAAUCAAAAUGGAAGUUGUCAGUUUUGUGUUUGUCGUCUUCAGAAUGCUGUUGGUCAUGUUGCUGUGGCAUAGUGAACCCUCUUGUUUUCAUCCAUGUCUUGUCAUUUGGGUUGUUUCGUAUGUGUAGUGAAUUUAAUUUGUCAUGUGCAGUGAGUUUAAUUCAUGUAUAAAACCAUAUGUUCCCUUGUA